AUGCAUCUUAUCACUUUACUUGCGCUAUUACCUCUAAUAGCAGGUAUACCAACCCAACAACAACAACAACAACAACCAUUCCAGAUUCAAAUUCAAAAUCAUGUAAAUCCUCUAAAACAUCUAUCAGCAAUAUCACCUUUUUACAUACCGACACAAGAUCCUACACCUUUACCUUCAUCAUGUGAACUGGAUAGAGUCAGCUUAUUGAUAAGACAUUCAAGCAUUCAGGGGAAUGACGAUGAAUUCGAACAAACAAUGAAACCUUUUAUAGAUAAAAUUGAUUCGUACAAAAAAGAUCAACGAGGUAAAUUACCUAAAAAGGGUGAAUGGGCAUUCUUGAACGAAUGGGAUACACCUAUCAAAGAGGAAACGCUCGAGGUCGUUUCGGAUCAGGGGAAGAAGGACGCCAAGUUCCUCGGCAAAUAUAUCAGAGAACAAUAUGACUCGUUAUUCCCUUCGAAAAAGAAGACGACCACGAAAAAAGAUAAAAACAAGACGUCAUACAAGAUCUGGACAGCAAGUUCACCUAGAGAUAUCGAUACUGCCAAAGCUUACAUCAAGGGUGGUUUCCCAUCGCACCAAUCGGGAGAUGACGGUGAAGGUGAUGGAGAAGUCGUUCAAUUAGUCAAAGUGCCCAACAAGGCUAAAGACUGGGACAGAUCUCUAACUCCUCACAAAGCAUGCGAUGCAUUCGAAAAAGUCUCUUCGCUUGAACCAGCAAAUAAGUGGUUAGCUGUCUACGCACCAAAAGUAAUUGAAAGAUUACGAGGUGUCAUACCUGAAAUCGCGGACGAGCUGGUUGAUCAAGAUAUCUUGGCAAUGCAAAUGUUGUGCGGCUACGAAACAAUCGCUUCUGGUCAUUCUCAUUUCUGUAAACUUUUCACAGAUGAAGAAUGGUUAGAUGUCGAGUAUUAUUUUGACGUAAGAUUCCAUUAUAUGAUGGGGUACGGUUCUCCACUAGCAGCAUAUUUGGGUAUGCCAUGGAGUAAGACUGCCAAGCAUCUUCUGGCGGGUAAAGAUACAGGAGGUGAUCAUCCAUCAUCACAUCCUCCGAAAGAUGAAUACAAGAAAGGUGGGAAACUACCUGAACCUAAAUUACCACCCAAUGCCACUCAUACGCAAUUGCUUCACCCUUCUUUUACUCAUCGAGAAUCACCUGCCUUCGUAGCUGUUUUUCUCAACCUGUUCAAUUCAACAUCUCAUCCUCAUCCCGCAUCUGAAACUCCUCCUUUAGAUCAUAGAGUAGAUGAUAGAGCAUGGAGAACAAGUCAUUUAGUAUCAUUCUUGGGUCAUGUCGCUCUAGAGAGAUAUCAUUGUAAACACGAUGGAGAUUACGUUCGAGCGGUAGUCAAUGGUAUACAACAAACUAUGAGUGGAUGUGAAGAUGGUUUGGAAGGAAGUUGUAAAUGGAAAACAUUCGAUAAAUGGAUUGAUCAAAGAGCUGCCAGAUGGGGUGACUGGGAGAGUGUCUGUGAGAAGUAA